AGGCAGGCAGCGGCCAAGAUUACGUGACGUCAGAAAAUCAGCUGCUGUACUACCCUAGCAUUACCUACGCGAUCAUCGGUAGCUCCGUCAUUUUCGUGCUCGUGGUGGCCUUCCUUGCCUUGGUCCUGCAUCACCAGCGGAAGCGCAACAAUCUCAUGACUCUGCCAGUGCAUCGCCUGCAGCACCCUGUCCUGCUGUCCCGGCUGGUGGUUCUCGAUCACCCACACCACUGCAGCGUCACCUACAACGUCAACAAUGGCAUCCAGUACGUGUCCAACCAAGCCUACCACAGGCCAGUGGACCUGGACUCUCCACCAUCCUAUUCAGAGGCUGUGCUUGACCAAAGCAGACCACCUUGGUUUGACCUUCCUCCACCACCUUAUUGUUCUGAAUCUGAAUCCCCUAAUCAGCCAGAUCUUCCUCCUUACCGAUCUCGGACGGGAAGCUUGGUGAGCACAGACACCCAUGUGGCAGAAAGCGCUCUGGGCAGAGCCAGCAGUUGGACAAGAGACAUCCAUGACAGCAUGGAUGGCCACAGAACUCUUCUCGAGAGGACAGCAGAUCCAAGCGAUUCUCUGGUCAACCACACUGCUGAAAGAGAAGUGUAA